UCCGUUAGGGAUGCCGUCUCCCCAGAUCUCCCCUGCGCUCGCUCCCCAGGGUCUGAUCCAUCGUCGGAUUUUGAGUUUCGGAUACCUCCCUAAACAACCUGGCAUCCCAGUUUUGUGUAAACUGGCGCACUAGCCCGUGCGGCACUCGUAGUUCAGGUACCUUUGGGCGCAAGGCCUGGCAUAUGUACUCCUCCACAGACGGGUGCCUGCGGAUACAUAUCUAAAGGAGGGUCCAUGGUGAACCCAUCGCACCUGUCCCACACAUUGACAAGUUACGUGUGUUCCAUCGUCUUUGCCUUCCCUUCAUAACUACCAUGGAUCCAAUUCCACCGGAACAGUUGGCUGCCUUGGCCAAGGAAGAUCGGGGUCCGCUCACCAAAUCUAUCGUUGUUGCUUUUACAUGCAUAGCGGGGAUUUGUGUCGCCCUGCGUAUCAUCACUCGGCUCCGAUUCUUGGGAAGAUCAUUAGGAUGGGAGGACUACGCCAUUGUCGUCUCUAUGGCGCUGGCUAUUGCUACUGGCGUACUCCAAGUCAUGCAGGCGGACGCUGGCAACGGCAAGCAUGCAGUCUUCAUCGAGUUUCCAGGUGGAGUUGAGAAGAUUCUGAUCUACCUGUUCUGGAGUAUCAUCUUCUACAAUACCAGCCUCAUGUUCACGAAGAUAUCCAUCCUUCUACAGUACGGCCGGAUCUUUACUCUGCGAGAAAUGCGCAUACCACUCCACAUCGUCAUGGCCAUCUGUGUAGCUUGGGGUGUUACUACGCUCUUCACUUCCAUCUUCACAUGUGUCCCUGUCCAUGCCUACUGGAAGAUAUUGGAGCAGCCCGGAGCGAAAUGUAUCGACAACAAGACGAUUUGGUAUGUGAACGCCAGCAUCAACAUCUUCACCGACCUCAUCGUGGCCUUCCUUCCCGUUCGUGUCAUUUGGACUCUCCAAAUCGCUUUGCGCCAAAGGGUCGCGCUCAUGGCCAUCCUUACCAUCGGUUGGUUUGUCUGCGUCGUAUCGAUUCUACGCCUACACGCUCUCAUCGUGCUUGUCGAUCACCCGGACGACAACACAUAUUAUAGCGCACCGACAGCCUACUGGUCCGCAAUCGAGAUGAACCUAGCUAUCGUAUGCGCAUCGCUUCCUGCGCUCAAGCCACUGGUUGUCAAGAUCAUCCCCGGCUUCUCGUCCACCGUCCCCUCCGGCCGAUCAUACGGAAAUGGAUACGGAACUGGCACCAUUGGCAGCAGUGCCACCAAACAUCGGAGCGUUCAUGGUAUCAGGAGCACUGCAAGACAUACUGACGAAGACUUUGAACUGGCACUGGGCCGGCCAGGUAGCACGACACCUUACGAGACAGGUGCCGAUGGAGGGGGCAUGUUUGGGAAAAACAUUUAUGUCUCGCGACAAUUCGAACAGCAUUUUGAGCAGAGCUCGCGGAUCAGUGACAGCGAGAGCCAGAAAGAUUUGGUCUCAGAACGCAAAGAUUCGCAGUGGUCGUCCGGCAACAGUCAGUCUUGAAGAGUAUCUUUCUUUUUGGUUGCAGUGAGGAUCUCUACGUAGAAUCUACCAUGUUUCUUCAAUACCUCCAGCUGCGCAUACACUUUGGCCGUUUGUCCUGAAUCCCCUGACCCACGCUUUCUACCGUAAGCCGCACGGUGGGGUUGCGUCGUGCCGCUGUGCAAGGACUUCCGUCUUGGCUUCCCAGGACUCUGACACAGGGUCAUACCGGUGCACGAGAUAGCUCUCUUCGUGUUUCCACCACUCGUUCAUGUUUU